UUCAAUUUCGCAUGGCGGACGUGCAAGUGAACUCUGUUAUUUGUUGGUGAUAAUUUUAAUUAUUAUCUUUUCGAGAUUCCUUAUGGAAAGGCAAAUUUUCAUUCUACUUUUUCUUUGCGGACGUGCUUUAUUCAUUCCUUAACGUUAGAUGAUGUUAAAGUGUUAAUUAUAGUUUAAUUUGUAAGAACUGCAUAGGUUUUUGUUAAAAAUGGGAAAAUGUGACGAAGCUAAUGUCGAACUCGAAGUUAGUAUGGGGGACUCGGCGUCCCCCAUGAAACCUGAUAAUUUUACAUUCACGGUGCCCCCCGAAGCUCCCGUCUUCGAGCCAACCCCUGAGGAGUUCCUCGAUCCUUUGGCGUACAUCAGCAAAAUACGACCCAUAGCUGAGAAGUCAGGGAUAUGCAAGAUCAAGCCCCCCGCCCACUGGCAGCCGCCGUUCGCGGUGGACGUGGACAGACUACGCUUUACUCCGAGGAUACAACGGUUGAAUGAGUUAGAGGCUAUAACCCGGGUGAAGAUGAACUUCCUGGACCAGAUAAUCAAGUUCUGGGAGCUCCAGGGGUCCAUGCUCAAAAUACCCACGGUGGAACGGAAGCCUCUGGACUUAUAUGCUUUGCACAAAAUUGUCAAAGAAGCUGGUGGCUUCGAAGUGUGUUCAGCGGAGCGUAAAUGGUCGAAGAUCGCGCGUCGCAUGGGCCACCCCCAGGGGAAAGGGAUAGGAUCAAUCCUCAAGAACCACUACGAACGUAUCCUCUAUCCCUACGAUGUUUUCAAGAACAGCGGAGCCGUUGGCGGCACUGGAGAUAGCAAGGAGACUAAAGUGGAAGUAAAAUGCGAGCAAACACCAGAGAAGGCGGGGCGAAGGACCAGCAAGCCGCCGGCGCAGACCCCGCCGCCGCCGCGCCGCUACAAGAGCUCGGAGCCCGAGGCCGCCGAGGGCAGCCACACGGAGGGCGCUUUGCCCUCAUCCGACACGCCCAUACCGGACAAGAAGACCCCUAUUAAGGAGGAGCCAGGGGAAACCAGACGGAGUCCUCGCGAGAACAAAUGGAUGUCCCAAGCGGGCAGCUGCGGGGCGCGCGCGCGAGUGCUGCGCUCUACGCGGCUGCGCGAGCACCGUCUCAGCAACAUGACCGUGUCGGUGACGCCCGCGCCGCCCGCGCACACCCCGCUACACCCCGACGACCCGCUCGCCAAAUACAUGUGCCACAUUUGCGGACGAGGCGACAUCGAGGAGCAAAUGCUGCUGUGCGACGGCUGUGACGACUCGUACCACACGUUCUGCCUCGUGCCUCCCCUCGCGGACGUGCCCAAAGGCGACUGGCGGUGCCCCGUGUGCCUCGCCGAGGCGGUGUCAAAACCAACGGAAGCCUUUGGUUUCGAGCAAGCAAGCCGGGAGUACACGUUGCAACAAUUCGGAGAAAUGGCCGACCAGUUCAAGUCGGAUUACUUCAAUAUGCCGGUACAUAUGGUACCGACGUCGACAGUGGAGCGCGAGUUUUGGCGCGUCGUGUCUUCCAUAGAUGAGGAUGUCACAGUGGAGUACGGAGCCGACUUGCAUUCUAUGGACCAUGGAUCAGGGUUUCCAACCAAGUCCAGUGCGCACUUGUACCCCGGGGAGCAACAGUAUGCCGAGUCCAAUUGGAAUUUGAAUAACCUACCCGUUUUAGAGGGUUCCGUGCUGGGACAUAUCAAUGCUGAUAUAUCUGGGAUGAAGGUCCCUUGGCUAUACGUGGGCAUGUGUUUCGCCACGUUCUGCUGGCACAAUGAGGACCACUGGAGCUACUCCAUUAACUACCUGCACUGGGGAGAGGCCAAAACUUGGUACGGAGUACCAAGCUCGAAGGCAGAACAAUUCGAGGCGGCGAUGAAGGCCGAGGCUCCGGAGCUGUUCCAGCUGCAGCCGGACUUGUUACAUCAACUGGUCACCAUCAUGAACCCCAACGUGCUCAUGAAAGCUGGGGUGCCUGUUUAUAGGACGGAUCAACACGCUGGAGAGUUCGUGAUAACGUUCCCUCGCGCGUAUCACGCCGGCUUCAAUCAAGGAUACAAUUUUGCGGAAGCUGUCAACUUCACACCGGCCGAUUGGCUGAAAAUGGGUCGAGAAUGCAUCGCCCAUUACUCCACUCUACGACGGUAUUGCGUGUUCUCACACGACGAGCUGGUGUGCAAGAUGGCGCUAGAGGCGGACUCGCUCAGCCUCACCGUGGCGCUGGCGGCCUACAGGGACAUGAGGACCAUGCUGCACGACGAGAGGAAGCUCAGGAAAUCCUUGCUCGACUGGGGUGUGACAGAAGCGGAAAGGGAAGCGUUCGAGUUACUACCGGACGACGAACGUCAGUGCCACGAGUGCAAAACCACAUGCUUCUUGUCGUGUGUGACAUGCGCAUGCACCACGCAAGUUGCAUGCCUCAGGCAUUACGACCAGCUGUGUCGCUGCGCGCCCUCCGCACACAAACUGAGAUAUCGCUACACACUGGACGAGUUACCCGCGAUGCUAGAGAAACUAAAGCGCAAAUCGGAACUAUUCCGCGAGUGGGCGGAGGCGGUCCAGAACGCGCUAGACCCGGACACGCCCAAGACCUGCGACCUGGACGGCCUUAGGGCCCAUCUCAAGAGAGCCCACGAUCUCAAGAUGCACAAAACGGACUUGGUCCGAGCGUUAGAAACGGCGAUAGAAGACGCUGAGAAAUGCGCCAGUGUGAUCCAACAGCUGGAUCUCAAUAAGAUGCGCACGCGCACGCGGCACCAUGACCCCAAGUACCGCCUCACUAUACAUGAGCUGACGCUUUUUGCGGCCGAGAUCGACGGCCUGGCCUGCGUGCUUCCAGAAGGUUCGGCGGUAAAAGAAGUGCUGCGUCAAACGGCAGAAUUUGAGGACCGAGCGACGGAUCUACUCGGCAAGGACUUGGAAGAUUGUGACUCUGCGUCAGUUAGGGAGCUAGAAGAGGUGGUAGACCUCGGCUCCCGACUCUGCAUCGUCCUGCCGCAGCUGUCUGCGUUACAAGCGCGUCUGCAGCAGGAGAAGUUCAUAGUGGCAGUGCGCUCCCACAAGGAGGACUGCAGCACGCUCACCCCUGACGCUAUCGACAAGCUGCUGGCGGAGAGCGACGGCGUCGUGCCGCAUCGGCGCGUCGAAGCGGAGCGCGCCUCGCUUUAUAAGCUCAAGUUGCAAGUAGAAGAUUGGGAACGUCGAGCGCGCGCAAUCCUCAUCGAUACUUCUGCGCCCAAGGGAAGGGAAUCUAUCGACAGUUUGACAGAAGAACACACAACACUAACAGAACUAGACGCGUUGUUGGCGGAAGGGGACGACAUCGACGCGGCGCUGCCUUCACACCAUGCGCUACAUACGGCCACUGCGCAUGCCAAGGACUGGCUCGCUAAGGUGGAAGAGAUGCAGUCAAAGGAGCUGUACCCCUAUAUGCACAGUGUGGAAGCGCUCUCCCGUCGCGGCGCUAGCAUCCCCCUUCCCCUACUGGAGAAACAGCAGCUAUCCACUGCGCUACAAUCCGCCAAGGACUGGCAGCGGGGGGCGGCUGAUAUGUUCCUCAAGAAGAACUGGCCGUACUCCCUUCUGGAAGCCCUGUCCCCACGAACCGAGUGCGGAGGCGCAACGCGGCGGCGCGGGCGGGGCGAAGCACCCUCGAUCGAAGGGGGACUCCUCAAGCACUUCAGCGAAGAUGCAACACCCACCGAGAUAGUGGCGGCCUUCAAGCAGGCUGAGCAGAGGGAGUUGUCUGCUAUCAGGGAGCUGAGGAGCCGCAACAUGCGUAAAGAAGUGCGCGCGCCGCCCGCCGCGGGCGUCACGUUCUGCGUGUGCCAGAAACGACAGUACGGAGUGAUGACGCAGUGCGAACUUUGCAAGGAUUGGUUCCACGCAUCCUGCGUAGCAUCGGCUCGAGAAGAACUAGAGGACAGGUCAGAAUCCCCAGAACGGAUAGAGCUGCCGUUCCCUUGCACAGAGAGUAAAUUCCUGUGCCCCGACUGUACCCGCACCAAGCGACCACGUUUGCACCGCAUAUUGGCUUUACUGGUAUGGCUCCAGAAGCUGCCAGUGCGCCUCGCGGAGGGCGAAGCCCUACAGUGUGUGACGGAGCGCGCGAUGGCGUGGCAGGACGCGGCGCGCGCUGUGCUGGGCAGCGCGUCGCUCGCCACGCUGCCUGCGCACCGGCCUCCGCAGAGUGACCGCAAACACGACCAUGGACGGUCGUCAGCAAAUGUGGAGCAUGCGUACAGCGCGACGCCGCGAUCGCCCAACACGCGGGUCGCUCCCGGACUUUUACAGAAACUUGAAGACCUCAUGCUAGAAGGAGACUUGUUGGAGGUGCGGUUAGAAGAGCAAGCAGCAGUUUGGAGCGCGGUUUGGGCCGCGAGAGCCGCGGAGGGACGCCGGACCGCGAGAGUUCUGGACGCGGGGCGCCGCAAGCGAGGCACCACCACCGCCAAGCACCAACAUCAGUUGAAACGGACCAGGCCGCUGCCGUUGCAUGGUACGAAUACUGCAAAAACGACGAUUAAGAGAGGUUCAGCCACUACGACAAAUUACUUAAAUAGGAAACAGGGCAUGUCGUCGGGCUCGGGUCUGAUGAUGCGCAAACACUACAUGGCGCGACAGGAGCGGCGCAAGCGAGGAAUGCCCAACCGACACCAUCCGCGACAUUCGAGAAUGGCUCAAACCCGCGGCGCACACUCUGCUGCGGGCGCGCGAGCGGGCGCGGCGCGCGGUGCGAGCGCGCGGCGCAGCAGCUCGUCGUCACACUCCUCCGCCGACGAUGACGAGGACUGUGCUGCGGCGUCGUGCUUACGGCCCACGGGAAAAGAAGUAGACUGGGUGCAAUGCGACGGCGGUUGCGACCAAUGGUUCCACAUGCAUUGCGUGGGGCUCAGCCGCGGCGCGCUGCGAGAGGACGACGACUAUGUCUGCGGCUCCUGCGCAGACCGGUCGGAUAGGCAUUGAGGCAACACAAUACCGAGUGCUAGAACGGGGUACCGUGGUAGAAAGAAAUACCAACACCUACCAAGUGGUAGAACAAGGAACCAACACCUACCAAGUGGUAGAAUUAGGUACCAACACCUACCAAGUGGUAUAACGAAGUACCAACACUUACCAAGUGGCAGAAAGAGAUACCAACACCUUUCGAGUGCUAGAACGAGGUACCAAUACCUACCGAAUGGUAUAAUGUGGUAGGAAUUAGUACAAAAUAGUGGACGUUUGUGGCAACUUCCGGAACUUUGUUAGGAGUUGUGAUCAAAAUUAUCAAUGGGUAGAAAUUGGUGGGUUUUACGCAUGAAUCUAUAAAUAUACCUAGAUUACUUACUCGUGAUACCUACUUGAAGCAAAACCUACUUAUCGCUAUGCGAGAGCGAGAGAUCGCAACCCUCUGGGAUACGAUCUCGCUCUAAUUGGUUAGCGAUGUGGGAUAGCGAUUUGUGUAACUGUACGGAUGUAGUAGGAAUUGGUAAAAAUUGGUGGGGAAACUGCUCAGAACUUUUUAAACGUUGUGUUACUAAAACUACCAAUUGGUAGAACGUGGUGUGUAAUAGAAUAUGUUUGAUUACUGUUUUGCAUUGAAGAAUAAAGCUACCAAAUCGUUGUAAUUUGUAACAUUUGGUAUAAAUAUGGUUUACGUCUUGGCACCUCAUUAUCACUAUUUGGUAGGAAAUUUCUACCACUUGGUAAAAAAUAUUUACAAUUUGGUAUUAAAUUCGAUUGGUCGUAAAAUUCUACCAUUUGAUAAUUUUUCUCGGUGCUCUGAUAUAUGGACAUUGGAAAAAAAGUGAUAAAUGUGUAUGCAGUGAGGUUCAUUGAAUGCGUAUUGUUGUCUUGAAAAAUGGUGAUGGCGCCUUGCCACAAAGUCCCAGGUUGGAAUUCUGUGUGCUCGUUAGAGAUUUUUUCUUAAAAACUAAUAUGUAUUAUAAAAAACUACUAUUGUUUUUGAUAAGUUGUAAUUUUACGGUUGAAUUGUUUGUAAGUUAUCAUGAACAAAUAACAGUGGGAUGGUAAUAAAUGUUUUCAAGCCUCUUCUAAUACUUGCGAAAUUUAGGCGGGACUUUUUAUAUUAUGCUUUAUUUCGAUAUGAUUUAUCAGGGGCCAAAAAGUUACAAUUCAAGUUACCUAAUACAUGAGCUAAAUCGACUAAUACUUGAGAUCUAUAGGGCGUACAUUGACUUUUGACAAUUAAGACAUUGUUAAAACGAGACAGCGUUAUAUCGCUGAGAUAAAUCUAUCUCGUUUUAACUGAAACUUAAACAAUAUUAUUGAUAGGAAGGUUAUUCACGGGCGAUUCAACAAACUGUGUGCCUAGUGGGAGAUUUUUAACCUAUUCGAUCGCGUAAAAGUUAACUGCGUUUUGUAUGAAAUUGAA